AUGGCUUCUCUUUCUCCUCCCCGGAAACGCCACCGCCAUUACCAUAGCAGGCACAUAUCCUCAUCAUCUUCAUAUGAAAGGUCACGACAUCGAACCCCAAUUCGACGCAGGGACAGAGAAACCCAAUUGAGGCGUGGCAGAAGCCGUGACAGACACAGCAGAAAUCGCACCAGAACCAGAACCAGAACCAGAUCCAGAAACCGACGCCAUGAUUACAGUUCAAGACAUUCAAGGUAUAAGAGAGAUUACCCAGUGGAGAGAAGCAAUGAAAGCUCAAUAGUACGGUAUGAUCGGUCAUGUCCAUUAUUACUUUACAGACAUUUUAUAAGUGGCCUAGAUGUUAGCAUAUUACCAGACGAAGCACACCGCAGGUACGAACCCUACCUUCGCCAUCUCAAAAAGGGCUUUUUUGCUGCACAUAAAGAAGACCCCUGGUUAAAACAUCUGUACCAUCCUUCCCACAUAGAGAUUGCUAUUAAAAAACGGAAUGAAAUUGCAAAGGCAGUGGCGAAGAAUUUCUUUCAAGAUCUUCAAAAUGGUACUUUGGUGAGCUUGAGAGAUUACCCACCUAAAAAUGCUGUGAGACAUUUGAAGGAAUUGAACCAGGCGCGCUGCCUUAUUGCCAAGGUUGAUGCAGAGAAGGGUAUUGAAGAAAAUCUUCUGGUUUCCUCUGGGCAAGAUGGGUUUUUUGCCCAGUUUGUCCCUGUGAAAACCCCAGAUCAGAGCAUCAAAACUCUUGGUGGGAUUGAGCUUCUGAAUGUGGUGAUUACAUAUUUGUGGCUUGUUCAUGCUAUAGAUUACUAUGGGAUGGCUGAACUAGGCAAGGAUUUUAUGACUAGGGAGGAAAAAAAUCUGUCAGCUGCUGAACUGGAACAGAGGUUGGAUUCUGUGUGGCAGGGGAGGUUACAGGCCAAGGAUCCCUUGCAUGUCUCUCUGGGAAAAGAUAAGCUGGAAUGUUUGCUUAACAGAAAUUUAUGUGUCCACUUUACCAUAGUGGAAAAAGAGAAAGGUGAUGGGCAUAUAAAAAUAAGUUAUGUUUGUAAAGAGAAAUCUUGUGGCAAACGCUGUAAAGCAUUUGGAGAUAUCAUCACUCAUAUCCAUGAUGAACACAGUGAGGUUGUGGAAGAUUACAGUUUACAGGCAAGGGGGGAGAUUUACUUUGAGAAUUAUAUGAAUGAUCCGUUUGCACCAUGUAGUGUUAAUGGUGGAUAG